AUGUUAGUUUGUAUUCUGUCUGGGAGACAGGACUGUGGACUGGAGGCAGAACUAACAAAGACCGUGUCUCUGGAGUUAGUAAACCCACUGCUGAUGUCUUUGUCGUCUCUGAGAUCCCAGACCUGCGCUCCAUUGAGCAGCAACGCUGAGUCAAACAGCUUCCUGAGGGCCUACGUCAGGAUGGGUGAAUCAACGUUGGCGGCGUUGAACGGUUUUCAGCAAACAUUUAUAAAUGUGGCGUCAAGUCUCCCUCUCUCCGGGAGUUUGAUGAACACUGUGAGCAGCCUGGUGGAUGCAGCUGUGACGUAUGUCUCAAAGUUCAUGGCAACGUUACUCCAAAUACCGAUGGACUUCAUCAAAAUAGCUUUACAGUUUGGAAUUAGAGUACCAUCCUUAGACGGAGGAGAGAUCUGUGAGCAAGGAGAUCUCAAGCAGCUCAUUAUGUGGGGAAUAAACAACAAUGUGAGUUGGUCCUUCAGCAACUCCAUCAUCAACAUCCUCCUGGACAUCUUCCUGGCUCCAGAAGAGUCUCUGUGCACGUAUCCAGGACCAGAGUGCCAGAAUCCUCCCAGAGGCCCCUUCCAACGCAGCACCUCAGAGGCAACAGACGACACUUAUUAUAGCCACGACAUCCUGCUUAAAUGUGAUCGUCACGACCUGGCCGGGCUCAAUGACACACAGUGUGCCGACCUCCUCGCAGGCUCAACAGCAGCAUCCUCUGCAACUGUGCUCACCUUGUGCCAGGAGCUCAGCUCCCUCAGACCUGACCAGAUAGAGCAGGUGUGGAGCAACAUGUGUUAUGCUAUGCGAGCACUGGUGUCUCUGCUCCUCAGCAGGUCACCUGACUGUAGCUUUGAGGACACACAGCCUCCUCCUGCCGUCACCUCCACCCCUGCACCUCAUCGAGUAGCCAGAGAAGCCUCCAACCUCAAACAGCUCGCUUGUAACUACAACAGCUGGUCGGGAAACGAGGUGGCAGACCCUGUACUCGUGUCACUGUGCAGUGAUAACGAACGCAAGGAGUUUGUGACGCAGGUGUGUAACAAUGCUUCAUUGAUGAAGAAGCUGCUUACAGAUGAGAUGAACAGCUGGCUUUAUGGAUACUGUGCCAACUCCUCUGCAGACCCCAUGUACAUGGUGAGUCAGUUCUGCGUCUAUGAGCAGUGGCUCGAGCAGCCCUCAGUCCUGGUGCCCCCCUUGCUGCUGGAGUUCUGUAUGAGCCUGGACAGUCCCAGACUGACCAAACUAAUCUGUGAACACACCGGAUUCUUCCUGCUUUUAUUCUCCAGCCCUGGCAAUGUGCAGUUCCUGCCUAACUGUACACUCCUGCCCCCUCCGUCACCAUUUUCCGACAUGGAUUUAUUAGUAUUAGAUUCUUGUCGUUACUCAGAGUGGCAUGAUGCGAUGCAAAUCAGCCUCGAUGUCUUGACACAGUGCAUCCGCCUCGAUAACAUUGGUUUCACUAAAGAAGUUUGUUCCAAUAAAACAUUUCUAAACACUCUGCUGCUCAAUAAAGAAAAUGCGUGGCUUGAGAGUCAUUGCGACUCCUCUCUCGCCUUUCCACCUCCGGAGCCGGAGCCGACCCAGGUCUUCAACAUCGCAGACUGGUGCGACUACCACACGUGGGGAGAGCGGCAGGUGGACGAUUCAGUGGUCGGUCUCUGUUGGCAACACGAUCAGCUUGCUUUUCAGAAGAAUGUCUGCUGCAAAGCAUCUGUGUUUGAAAAGCUGUUACAAGACCCUCAGAACCAAUGGCUGACAGCAGUGUGCACAGACAUUGAGGAAAUAACCGUGUUACCGCAGGUGUGCAAAUACUUUGAGUGGACCCGUCCCAUCAUCGUGGACAUGACUGAGGUAGCGCUCUGCGCUGAGAUCGACCCACUUAACUUCAUCUCUAAAGUCUGCGCCAAUGACACAGUCCUCCAAAACCUGUUGGCCAACCAGGACAACACCUGGAGCCGUCAAGCGCGUGGGUGGGCAGCAUGUGCACCACUUACACCAACUUCACCACCACCCCCAUCAACAGCAGCACAACCCCAGAGCCUAAUUUUUGCCUGGCCAAGAGCCUGGUGGGUCGGUUCAACUGGACCUGCUCAGCUGACUUCACCUCCGCCUGCGAGCCCGGGGCCAGUCAGAACAUGGCCCUGCACAUGA